AUGUCCUCCAACGUCGGCCUCUCCACCCCGCGUGGCAGCGGAACAUCUGGCUACGUCCAACGCAACAGCGCCUUCCUCAAACCACGCAAUGCAGGCUACGGCGCCCCCUACCCACCCGUCUCAUCAUCCGAUGACAAAGGGUUAGGAAAUUUCCGUCAACGCAAACCUGAUCAAAAAAUUCUUGACCACGACCGGAAACGCGCGAUUGAGCUACAGGUCCUGGAAGAGCGCGACCGGCUUGAGGAAGAGAAUGACGAGCUUGAGAAAGACAAGAAAACGGUCUUGACGGAGGAGGAGAUUGAUGAGCGGUGCGAUGCGUUGAGGGCGAGAUUAUUGAAGGAGUUGGAGGAAGGGGGGGAGAAAUCGGGCUCGCGACGGCAGCAACAGCGUGGUAGUGGUGGCGGUGGACAGUAUGAGAAGGAUAGGAGGCAAUUGAAGAGCUAUCAGGUGCAUGAGUUGGCGGAGGCGAAGAUACAGGAGAGUGAGAGGUUGAGGAAGGCUUUGGGGAUCAAGGAGGAUUGGGAAAAGAAAGAUGCGGGUUCGGCGACGAAAGAGAAGGAGAAGGUUGAAAGGAGAGAGGAGGGCGAAGGUGGUCGUGAUAGAGAACGGGAUGAGCGGAGUCGUCGUCGAUGA